CUGACAUGCGCAGAAUGUACAAAAACUUGUUAUUUGAAAGUCUGAUCAUCUGUGAGACAAAGUGCAAUAAAAUGCGCGAGGAUGAAAACCGGUAACAUUGGAAAGUAUUAGGUGAUUUUGAAUUACAACAAAUAUACAAGGCAAUUAUUUUAUAUCAAAAUGACAUCAUUUGUAACCGACGUGCUGAUAACAGCAGGGAAACUGGAGAAAGUCAAUUUACAUGAAAAGAUAUCAGAAAUACAAAAGGAAAUAACAAAAUUAAAAUAUGAUGUUAAAGAUUUGAUGGAUGAUAAUUAUGUUGAGUUUACAUCAAAACUGAAGAGGGAUCAACAUUUGGUAGUAAAAGGUGAAAAGCUGCUGGAAGAGAUGAAUUCCUUACAAAAGAAAAUAGAUGAUCAGGUCAAAGUAGAAUUAUCAGGGUCCACGAAAGAAUUAAAGUCAUUAUCAGAAGCUUUAAAAGAAUCAAACAUGAUGUUACAACUUUCAAAUCAACUUUUAACAAUACAUGAAUCUAUAAAGUCAGUGAAAAGUUAUCAGGAUGAAAAACGAUAUGUAGAUGUGGCUAAAACAUUGUGCCACAUUUACAGUAUCAUAAAUAAUCCACAAACAGACUUACGCGAUCUUGAUAUUUACACAGCAAUUGAAGCAGAAUGUUUGAAUUUGUAUACUUCAUUUUUAUCUAACACAUCAAUGUUAUUAUACGAGCGAAUUUGUUGGACCGGUAUUGAUGAUAAGGAUGCAAAAAUUGUUACAUUAAGUGUUAAAGACGAAUUUGAUGACAUGCAAGAAUUAAUUCAGGGUUUGCAUUAUAUUGACAAUCUUUCAAGUCAUCUGCAUAGAUUCUCUACAACGCUCAUGGACUACAUUAUAAAUCCGAUUAUCAAUGAUGAUUGUUCUGUAUAUGUAGUAGACGAAAAAGUUUUCACUGUAGAAGUACUAAACAAAAAGAAGUCACCAACGUAUAAAAGUGUACUUUACAAUCUAGAAUUACUGUUCAAGUUUCUUCAUCAAUAUUUUAAUAUGAUCAUAUAUGAUGAUGAAACCUUCUUGAAACAAAUACAGCCUCAUUUAUUGGAACGACUGUCAGCGUCGUUAACAGCCGACUGUAUUUCACGAAUUAUUCCUACGUCGAACGCAGACUUGAAAAAUUUUACGCCUAUUGUUCAGGCGAUCAACGAUUUCCAGUAUUUCUUAGUUAAAAUUGGGUUUAUCACGAAUGAUCAACUCUUUCUCUCGGAAUACACGAAGAAUAUUGAUCAAUUAUUCAUUAACAAGGUCUGUCAAGAUUUGUUAUCAAAGGCCAGAAAUAUUAUGAAGAAAGAUUUGCACGAUUGUAUCAUAUAUGAGCCACAGGAAUCACUUGAAUUUCCAGAAGACACGUACGAUUAUGAUAAACUAAAGAUUGAGAAAAAAUUGAGUGAUAACACGUUUCAACUUCCAAAGUGCCAAAUAAGCAAGAAUACAAAAGAAAUAUUAGACCUUGCACGAAAUAUUCUGGAUGAAGCGUGUUUCAGUUCAGAUUCAUGCGCGGUACGAUUGUUUUAUACGUGUAGAAAUAUUUUUGAAAUGUAUACAGGAAUCGUGCCCGAACAUCACAGAAAAUUUUUAGAAACGAUACCGCAACAAGUUGCGGUAUUCCAUAAUAAUUGUAUGUAUCUUGCACAUCACCUUAUCACGUUGGGACACGAAUACAGAGAUAAAUUACCAGAAUCCUUGCACAAACUUAAUUUGACUUUUGCUGAUCAGGUAUUGGUAUUGAGAGAAGUAGGAUCAACUUGCUUUCUAGAGCACAUGAAAUAUCAACGAAAUAUUAUUUUUGAUAUUCUCAAAGAGUCUGGUUUGUCAGCGUUAGGUCAAACUUCUGAGUUACAUCCUAGCACGGAGCGUGCAAUGAGGCAAUGCAUUAGACAAUUGGAAUUGUUGAAAACAGUUUGGCUAGACGUGUUGCCUGUUAAUAUUUAUUGCAGAACAGUCGGAUGCAUUAUGAAUUCUAUGGUUGAAGAUCUAAUAAUUAGAGUAGUAUCUGUCGAAGACAUUCCUGCUGAUGUUGCCACUGAGUUGGUAGCAUUAUUUAACAUGAUUGUGAAGCGUGCACCGCAAACCUUCCCGGAGCCUCAAAAUAUUCAUCAACACGUACGAAAAUGGGAGAAAUUUUUGGAAUUGAUUCACGUGUUAGGUGCGUCGCUGAAAGAAAUUGAAAUUAGAUGGGACAGCGGUAAAGGGCCGCUCGCGCGUGAAUUUACAGCGCCUCAAGUUAAACAACUAAUCAGAGCACUAUUUCAAAACACCGAACGAAGAUCUAACUUGUUAGCUUCUAUAAAAUAAUAUUAAAAUUUAAAAAUCUGUACAUGGAAGAAACCUUUUCGCAUUUAUUCAUCCUUAUAGUUAUGAUUAAUAUUAACAGUAUAAUUAAUAUAAAAAAUAGAAACAUGCGUACGUUUAUGUAUCAGAUUAUACAAUACAAACAUUGGUUGAUUAUACUGCUAAUAUUAAGGUGUUAUUUAUUUACAAUCUGUUGUUUUUAUUCGUGUACUUUAUAUUGCCAUACUUACGUUAUAAUUCCAUGUAUUAAAAGUUACGAUCAACUGAUUAUUAUGUUUCUAAUACAGCAUACAAAUUUC